UGAAGACGGCGGCUGAUAGAUGAAUAAGGGUCCAUUACAAUUGGUUUAUUCCACUGGUCUUUGACGUAUUUACCGAGCAGCUGUAGAACAAUGAGACCUAUUGAUCAUUUUGAUAAUUGAAUUUAGUCCUAGACAAUCCUACUUCGUGUGGGUAAAUAUACUGAGAGCAUAUAUAAGGACUUGUACAAAGGAUUUGCCUACUAAAGCCAAGGAAUUCUGCAGYACUGUACCUGAAAAACAAUCAGUUCUUUUGAAGAUAAGCGUGAGAAGUUGAGUCGUUAUGGGGAAAAAGCAGAGUAAGCUGGAUCCUCAGCUGCUUAACGAUCUUAUGAGACGCACUAAUUUUGACGAGAAGGAACUGAAAUCCUGGUACAAAGGUUUUCUCAAAGACUGCCCGAGUGGCUACCUUACUAAGGAACAGUUUAUCGAAAUGUACAAGAAAGUGUUUCGCCAAGGCGAUGCGACCAAGCUAGCCGCCUGUGUUUUUCGACGAUUCGACGUAAAUCAGGAUGGAAAAAUAGACUUCAGGGAAUUCAUGUGCUCUUUAUACGUUUCCACGCGCGGGACAAUGGAACAAAAGCUUCGAUGGGCCUUUAGCAUAUACGACAUCAAUGGAGAUGGUUUUAUCACUAAACAGGAAAUGUACCGGAUAGUUGAUGCUCUUUAUAAAUCUGCAGGCGACAACCCCAACACAAACCCAAGCCUUGUCUCUCAGUGGGACGAACUCACCCCAGAAGAACGUACUCUCAAAGUCUUUCGAACCUUUGAUACGAAUCGGGACGGACUGCUCUCUCUGGAAGAAUUCCUAGAGGGAGCAAAAAAGGAUAAAACCUUGGCUUUAAUACUUGAAAAUCAGGCUGAACAAUUUUGAUUCUCGUCGUUUUUGAAUUUUUGAUAGAUUUUGAAGUGCAACAUUCAAUUCUUUUAGAAAAUAGCUAUGUUUGUAUAUGCCGUUCCCUUAAGAUAUGUUUAACAAAAAACAAGAUCAAAUCCAAACAUCACCAGUAAAGGACAGUGUUAAUGUUGAACAUUCAUACAAUCCUAUAGCCAUCGAGCACCAACAGCAUCAGUUUUUUUGCUUACAAGAAAUGAGUCUUGCACAUGACAACACAUCCUGGAUAAUGACGUAUCAAGCGCAUAGCCGCUGGUCUAACACUGCAGUAGCUCGUAGUCGGCACAGGAACUAGCAGUUUGAACCAAAUUCAAAAUACCGUUGGAGCUAAUUAUCUUCUACUGAAAAGACAGAUGAGUGUUGGUGUUAAAUGAAUAAUUGGAGAAGUAAAGUUUUCAAAGCAAGGACUCAAGGCAGUUCCACGGACAGGACAGACAAACUUCUGUGCAGUGAUAUUCUUAGGAAUGGUGUGAAUUUAUCUUUUCUGUGGAACUGCAAGAACCAACAGAAAGAAAGAAAUGGGAAAAAUAAAUCCUGGUUGUAAAUCAAGGGUCUUGAAAAAGCUGAGCAGGAGCUGAGUAACUCGAGGACAAACAAUGAGAACAAAUCAAAAAGAGAAGAAAAAAAGAAGAAUGAUAAAGUAAUGAGCAAGGAAGUAUUCUGUAAAGUACAUUGCAAGCAUCGGGGGGAAUGACUGUUUGGGUUUAGACGUCGACAACGAAAACUAAAGAAGGUAGAAAGACAAAGACCAUAAUGUAAGAAACGUCACUCGUAUACGUGCAGCACUUUAUUUAUUAAAAUGCAUAGUGCGUAUCCCUUCUAUUGCAGAGCCCCUUACUGAUUUGAAAUCAAAGUACUGACGGUCAGUCUUGUAUUAGUCCGAGGAUCAUAUGCUACUAACGAAUCAUGAUCUUUCUCGUGAAUUCUAUAAUAUUUGAUAUUUAGUCUAAUGGCGCGCGCGGCUGCAGAUCCAAACCAUCACGUGAUAUCAGACUGAACACUUAUCUCUUCACUUGACAAAUCUCUCGCGCUUCAAAUUUACGAUAGAUUAUCUCAGUUUUAAUCCAUUCCCACCAGGCUUCUAAGAUUAUUACUGCGGAGAUUAAAUAAUUAAACCUGUUUGAAGUUAGCCGGCGCGCGGGUGAUUAAGAAGAUUAGUUUGGCUUGGUCCAGCAACUGGGGAUAAAUGACGUUAAUCUGCAGUGCUUGUGUGUUUCUAGGCUCAGAUAUGACAUUCUAUUAAUUACGAGUUACUAAUUGAUUUAAGAAAUAUAGGAUAUUCCUGAUGAUCCAUAAGACAAUUUCAAUGUCAUUUUUUACCAUAAAAUAUAGAAGUGUAAUAAUGCGGAUACAAUAGCUAUACAAUUCUGCUAUAAUUCAGACUGUUUCUCAAGGUGCCCGCUCACCUUAUUCAAAACCAAGAAUCUGAACAGACCACGGAAAGCCAUGAACGACUCAAUCCAGAAUGGGACUUCCGGAAUUAGGUCCAAAACAAUAUUAGAAGAUUUUACAAUAAAAAUAGAAAAGUAAUUGUUUCCUCUGUAAAAAAGGAACAAAAUACACUCAUAGAAUUGGCAUAUUUGGAACACUGGAUGUGAUUAAGGUGCGUGCGUCUCGACCUUGAGAAAAAGUUUGUAGAAUAGACGUAAUCAUAAUGUUGGAUGGCACAAAACAUUGGUAUAAAAAAAAUUAUUGGAUGUCCAAAAGGCAAAGGGUCGAGAGUUUAAAUUGUCUCCCAAAUGGAAUUUUUCGCGAAGAGGUAUUUAGACUCAGGCCGCCUUAAAUUGUAAAUAGGACAGAAAGAAUUGGCAGGCACUUUCUUGUUGUAUGAGGAUAUGGGAAACUCCUCUUUCAUUAGACGGUAGUUAAAUAAUUACCAUACAUAACAAAGAUUAUAGCAAUAUAAAUAGAGAAAAUACUGAGAAACCAAGUGAAGUAAAAGCUUUUGUCAGUGAACCUUCCCAGCGGCAGCAUGUCGAACCAGGGAAUCAAAGUUUGAUCUUUCGCAAGGAAAUUGCUUUUUUUUAAUGUUGUUAAUGCUGAAUGUAAGCAAACAUUACGCGCGAAGAAGAGUAAUGCAAUAAAGAACUGAUGUAAAAAAAUGAUGUAAAAAAA